UAUCCCUAGCGGUGUUCUGGGUUUCAUGAUCACAUUAUUGAUAAACCUGAACUCACGUAUUGUCCUUUAAUUUAAUUUAUUUAUUUGCAGUUCUCGUAAUAAUUAAUGAGAAGGUGUCAACCUUAUGUCAUAUAUUAAAGCCAUGAAAAAAUCAUCAUCAUUAUUAAUAUCAUGUGUUAGUUAUGUAUAAUUUUUAUCGUAAUCUACUAUCAUAGACCUUAUACACAGGUAUUGUACAGGUAGUGUACUUAUACACUAUAUAGUAUACAUAAACACUUCUGAUUUCCGUUAUGUUUUGAAAUGGUUUUUUGUCGUUGGUUGGAAAAAAUGAAUUUUAUGUCGAAAAAUUUUGAUCUACCAGAAAACAUGUUUUAUUUCCACAAUACUGAUUUACAUCCCCUUACAUUUGUACUCAAAUGGGAUUCAAAAGAUAAAUUUUUCUUACGCUUAUUAAAUCGUUAUAUGGGAAAUGUAAUUAAUAAACCAGAUGACCACUCAUUGGUACUUUCUGUACCCAAAAUGAAUAAAUAUUUUCACAAAUUCAUUCCAGCAUUUGAUAUUAAAUAUAUUGAAGAUUGUUUUACACUUAAAGAUUAUCCUGAUCCAACUAAGUAUAUAAUUCACGAUUCAUGUUUGAUAAAUUAUGAAAAAAAUGAUAUCUUUGAUUGUUGGUUCCAUAGAAAAAAAUCUUGGAUUGAUUUUUCACCAAUUCCAAAAAAUAUUUUGAAUUAUUUUGAAAAAGAUUCAUGUUAUAAUGAAAUUUUACCUAGCAAAGAUAUUGAUGAUUUGUGUAGUCAAGCUUCGUCUAAUAGUACAUUAGACUCAAAGAAAAGCAAAGAUAUUGAUGAUUUGUUUAGUCAAGCUCCGUCUAAUAAUACAUUACACUCGAGGAAAAGAACGAGAAUGCCUUACACUAAUCAGGAAGAUUACAAAAUUGUUGAAUAUAUCGUCAAAUAUAAAGGUGCAUUCAAAGUCACUGGUACAGAAAUUUGGCGUCAAAUGGAGCAAGCAAAUAUUUGCAAGAUUCGUACGUGGCAGUCUAUGAAAGAAAGAUACAUAAAAUAUAUUAAGUGGGAUUUAAUUUCAGGAUGUAAAAAAUAUCCAUUUCUGAAUGAAAAUGAUUUAAAAGAAUUACGACAAGGUUUGAAGCUUGAAGUAUCUACUGAUACACAGAAAGAAGCACUAAAAACAAAAUAUUAUGAAAUUAAAACACGUAAAUUAUUUUUGGAUGAAAGCGAUUAGUUACAAUUGAAUCACAUUUGUUACAAAAAUAAUCAUAGUUGUAAAAAUUAUGUAAAAAUUUUUUUUUGCCAUUUAAACUAAAUUUAAUUGUAUUAUAAUAUAUAUUUUUUUACAUAUAAUAAUAUAAAAAACACUUAUUUACUCAGUAGCAUAUCCAUAGGGGUCGGACCCCCCUCUAUGAACCUGAGAUAGUAAAUGAACUUAUAUAGUA